UUUUGGUGAAAGGGACGCAAAAGCAACAAAACAGAGAGUUUCCCUGUCCUUCAAAAAAUUGCAUUGGAAAACGGGCGCUGUGGCCUUUGUAAAGCCUCAAGAUUGCUUCUAAAAAGCAACGCCUUAUGGACAGCGAUGAGGAAGACUUCAUCUACGACGACGAAGACGAGGAAGCUGACGACAGUGAAGAUUUGAGCCCCGAUCAAGAUGAAGGUUUUGACUCGAACUAUGAUAUGCCGUGCUCUGCAAGUGUCGCAGACGAUUUUACAUACGAGGUCUUGACGCCAGACACUAUCGUUUCCUACAUGAACACGACGAUUGACGAAGUAAAUAACGUCUUCGAGCUGUCGAGACCGGUUGCCAGGAUACUCCUCAGUCAUUUCAAAUGGGAUAAAGAAAAGUUACUUGAAAGGUUCUACUGUGGUGAUCAAGAAACGUUGUUCCGCGAGGCACAUUUAGUAAAUCCGAUGUCCCAAACAAGAGCAAGAACGGCACAUAAACGUUCCUCGCGAUCCAAUUCAGCGUCCACAGGCCCCAUCGCAUGCGAUAUCUGCCUACAAAUGUCUUCUUCUCUGCUAAGAUUCGAAGGUCUUGAAUGCGGUCAUAAAUUCUGCCUACGUUGCUGGAAGGAAUAUUUGACGUCGAAAAUUAUGGACGAACAAAAAGAGAAUAUUGCUUGCCCGGCAGUAAAUUGUGAUAUUUUAGCGAAUGAAACUUUUGUAGGAAGAAUUUUGAGUGAUCAAAUAGUGAAAAGAAAGUAUCAUCAUCUCAUAGCAAAUAGUUUUGUUGUUAAUAACCGUUUAAUAAAAUGGUGUCCCGCACCUGAUUGUAUGAAUGCUGUAAAAGCAAGCUACACGGGACAAAAUGCAGUGACGUGCUUAUGUGGCCACGAAUUUUGCUUUGGUUGCGGAGAGCCCAUUCACGAACCGGUGAACUGUAGUUUGUUGAAAAAAUGGAUGAAGAAGUGCAACGACGAUAGCGAAACGGCGAAUUGGAUAUCUGCGAACACGAAGGAAUGUCCAAAAUGUCAAGUAACGAUCGAGAAAAAUGGUGGAUGUAAUCACAUGGUGUGUCGUAACAAUAAUUGUAAGGCAGACUUUUGCUGGGUGUGCCUUGGUCCUUGGGAACCUCAUGGAUCGAAUUGGUACAGUUGUAAUCGUUACGACGAGAAAGACUCGCAAAAUGCGAGAGAGGCACAAAACAAAUCCAGAUCGUCUCUCGAAAGAUACCUUUUCUACUGUAAUCGUUAUAUGAACCAUAUUCAAAGCGCAAAGCUGGAAUUUGAGCUCGAUACGAAGGUGACGUUAAAAAUGAACGAAAUGCAAAAAUUUAACAUGUCUUGGAUAGAGGUUCAAUUUCUUAAGAAAGCUGUCAAAGUUCUUUCCCUGUGUCGUAAUACGUUGAAGUAUACCUACGUUUUUGCGUUCUACCUUCGAAAGAAUAACCAGACCGUGAUAUUUGAGGACAAUCAGAAAGAUCUCGAAAUGGCGACGGAGACGCUCUCGGAGUAUCUGGAGCGCGAUAUCAGUUCGGAAAACCUUAGUUGUAUAAAGCAAAAGGUCCAAGAUAAGUACAGAUAUUGUGAGAUGAGACGAAAUGUCUUGCUGGAUCACGUCAACGAAGGAUACGAGAGGGACUUUUGGAUUUUCCAUGAUAUCCCCUAACAUAUGCUUGUAUCCUUAUGUGUAUAUAUAAGUAUAUUUAUAUAUAAAUGAGAGAGAAACGCUCGCGAAUCCUGUUGAUUGGCCGCAUUGUGAGUGCAAUCACAAUCGGAUCCUGUACGAAAAACUCGCUAUCGUGCAUAUUUUUUUUAAAAAAAACAUGUUUCUUGUCUUGACGAUAGACUUGAAUUCUUCGAAUAGUUUAAUCGUGUCAAUAGUAACCCCCAGCUUGUGCGAGUUUGUUCAUGGAGCGUGCACAAUGUAAAGACUCCUGCGAGCGGUAGCAACCAUUUUCUUUUGUAUCAUAAUAAAAAGAACGAGAACAUUGUUA